AUCUCGUCGGCGGCAGCAGCGGCGGCCGCAGCGGCAGCAGCCGCCGCGGCCGCAGCCAUGUUACCCAUGCUGCAUCCGAAUCCGUCCUCCUCCUCCUCCCCGACGCCCUCGUGCUCGUCCAGCUCCUCCUCCCAUCAGCCGCCGCUUCACAAUCCGCACGCACACCAUCACCCGCAUCACCACGCCCACCUCAAUGCGCAUCUGCACGGGGGCGUCCCGGGCGCGCUGUCCUCCCCGCCGCCGGCCAAGGUGUCGGCCGAGCUGGUAUCGGGGCUGUCGCACCAUCUUUCCAUCCUUUCGUCCUCCGCCUCCUCGCCGAACUCCUCCUCCACCUCCUGUGCUACGGCGUCGCUGGGCCAUCGGCUUCAGCCGCCCCACCAUCUGUCGCACAACCUGCACGACCAUCACCAUCACUAUCUGCAACAUCACCACCAUCAGCAGCAAGAGCAGCAGCAGCAGCAGCAGCAGCAACAACAACAGCAGCAGCAGCAGCAACAACAACAACAGCAACAACACCAGCAACAGCAGCGCCAUCUACAUCCUGCGCUGGGAUCGCCCCGGCUGUCGCCACUGCACGGCAGCUCCCUGCUCGACCAGCACGCGAGCGCUUGCAGCAUCCCGGGCAGCAUCCACAGCAGCCUAGCGACCCAUCCCACCCACCAGGACAGUGGCCAGCUCGGGUACCACGGGCAUGGCAAUACACACGGCCACCUGUUCCGGUCGUCGUACCGGUCGCUGUUUCGCCAUCCCGAGACGGCAACCAUCGCUGCGCUGCGAUCGUGCAGCUCUCCCACCCACCCGCCACUUGCUACACCUACUUCAGCACCUCCCCCUCCUCCUCCUCCUCCUCCGCCGCCGCCUCCUCCUCCUGCUCCUCCGCCGUCUGGGUCCGGUUCGGGGGGUUCAUCUUCCGCAGCAGGGCCGAACCCGGAGCAAAGCACUGACGGUGGGCCCACUAUCGCUGGUCCACCCUAAAGGCAGGCACGACAACAGCAAUAGGCCACUGGGAGAUUUGUUUUGUUACACUUCAACUGGCAAGCGGGUCGGCGACAAGUCUCGCAAUAGAAGUUGUAACACACGAAAGAUGAAUUAUGAAUAGUUCGAAUCCGACAACUGAUAAGUACCGGUGUACCGUUGAUACAUAUUGACAAACAGCGCAACGGUACGAACGCGGCCUGCUAGUGCCGUGGGUAAGCACAUGGCCUGCCACAUCGUAGUUCGCGCGUUCAAAUCCCAGCCCGCAUUCACGACGGUGCACGGACACGAAUAUAGCAAUACUUUGAUGUUUAUUAUAUUGUGCAGCAACGAUCAUAUUUAAGCGUAGGAGAAUAGAAGGUGUUUAUGUCUCUGUUGAUACCACACAUAUCUUCCAAUUAUCAAGAAGAAGAAGAAAUAAAAAACAGAAUUUUAGGGGCAUUGAGUAACUCAAUACUGAUUAAUUUCUGUCAACUGACAUUGUGCUCAACCAAUUUGUGUUGUUGGUGUGUGGUAUGCUGCAAGAUAUGAUGCCGACCCGUGGGCCAGUUUUGUGGGUGCAAAAACGAAUUAUAGAGGGGCUAGCAGAUACGAAUUUAGAAAGCAAAAAAUAUGAUAUAUAUUUAAAAACAGCAUUGUGUUGUGGUAAAGGAAACGAGGCCGAAACGCGGCAGUAAAAACACAAUAAUCGAAGAAGAUUCUCUUCUAAAUGAACAAAACACACACACACACACACACAAACAGAAAAAAACAGAAUAACAACGCACACACACAGAGUGGAAAAUCAUGUGGAUAGCUCGUAAACAAAGCAAGAAGAUAAGUAAAAAAACAACCCCCAAUUGUGAUAAUACCGUAAUACGUGUUAAUUAAAAAAUUGCAUAUAAACAAAUUAAAAGCAUACGAAUUACUCCCGUGUAUAUGGUAUAUGUAGGAUUGUACAUUCGACCUUAACGCCGUGUGUUGUUUUUUUUUUUUACUUUACUUUUCCUUUUGUUUUUGCUCCCCAUUUCGGAAUCAAAAUCGGCUGCCAUACUGCCCUUUUUUUUGUUGUUGCAAUUUUGGUUGUAUCAUUUUCGCGACUGCGCCUACCCCAGCAGCACGUUUAUUUGUUUUUUAGCGUUAAAAGGCAGCUAACUGUUAUCCAGCGCUGAAAUGGGCUGAACUCUCUUUCCUCCGUAUCGGACGGAAGCGCCCGUACCAGCGGGGGUCGGGGGGUCGGUUGCACA